CUGCUGCUUGCAAAGACUGCUCUUCCCAGAAAAACUUCUGCUUAGACCCAGACAGGGGUGGUUCUUGCAAGAAGGGAUCAGUUGCUCAGUGCUCUCCCUCCCUGCAGCUGCGCACACACGUGCAUUCUCACAACGCGAGUGUGACCACCGACACCACUAUGGGAGGAAAUGCAAGUUCACCAGAGAUAUUGCAAGAACAGGAAAAAGCCCCUCAACCAGCGGAGCUGCACGGGUGCAAAGAUCCUCCCCUUGAAACUCAACCUUCGACGGCUGCAGUCCCUUUACAGACACAACCAUUGCAAGGCCCAGGCUCCAACCGCCAGUGCCCCAGGAAAUCUGAGCUGAGGAUUGUUCUCGUUGGUAAAACUGGAUGUGGGAAAAGUGCAACAGGAAACACCAUCCUGGGGGGAAAGCCUUUUGUGUCUAAAAUCACAGCUGGAUCAGUAACAACAAAGUGUACUAAGAAGAUGAACAUGCAGGAUGGCAGAAACCUGGUGGUGGUUGAUACUCCUGGUUUAUUUGACACGAAAGUUUCUUUAAAUGAAACUGCAAAAGAAAUAGGGCGCUGUGUGGUUGUCUCCUCCCCAGGUCCCUAUGCCAUCGUUCUGGUCAUGCAGCUGGGGCGUUUCACGGAGGAGGAGAAAGAGACAGUUGCUCGAAUACAAGAUAUAUUUGGGGAAGAGGCUGUUCGAUACAUGAUCUUCUUAUUCACCAGAAAGGACGAUUUACAGGGGGGGAACUUAGAGGACUUUUUAAAAGCACUUGAUGACAAAGAUCUCCAGCAGCUGCUGGAUAAAUGUGGAAGGCGCUGCUUGGCUUUCAACAACAGAGCAACCGGACAGGAACAACAGGACCAGGUCUCUGAGCUGACGGGAAUGAUCGAUGCGAUGGUGGAGCAGAAUGGAGGUGAUCACUACACCAAUGACAUGUAUGAGUAUGCUCAGAGGGAGCUUCGAGUGAAAAUGGAGGAGCUCAGGAAAAACUACACUGAGCAGAUGGAAAGAGAAAGAGAGGACAAGAAAUCUCAGCUGGAUGAGGAACAUAAGAAGGUGGAUGAGGGAUUAAGGGAGAGAAUAGAGGAGUUAAAAAAAUGCAGCCCAGUUGAUCAAACCACUUUAUCAUGCCUAGAACAAGAAGCCCAAGAGAAGAAGGAAGCCAUUCAGCAAAAAAUGGAGAAAGAGCUACAGGAAAUUAGUGACCGCUACCAGAAACGUCUAAAUAACCUCCGGGAAGAAGCUGACAAUGAUGUUUCUAUAAUAGAGUUUGUUUUAAAGAAAUUUGAAGCGAUAUUUUCAAAAAUCAAAAACUGGUUCAAAUAAUAAUGAUUACAUUACCAUAAGUUCUGUUUCUCAAAUAGUGUUACCUUAAGGCGUGUGUAGACGAAACAGAGGCCCUAAAUUGAAGAGGUGGGUUUUAAAAAACACCACUUUAAUUUAGGGCUGAUUAAAUCCCCGUGUCGU